UCAAGCACUACAAUGGUUUCUUCUGUUGGGAAUUCUCAAACCGGUUUAUCACCCUCUUCCCAACAUAACCAGCUGAUUGGCAUGCCCGGUUAUGACCCGAACCGGAUCCCUUCCUCGGUUUUCUCGAGUAAACUUAGCAAUCCGGUUGAGUGGAGCCUGGCCUCUAACGAGUCGUUGUUUAGCAUUCAUAUGAGCAAUAUUAGUUUUUCGGGUGAACAAGCAUUGGCUGCGUUGUUAAGGUCGAGCGAAAAACUAAAGAGGGAUGGUUCGGUUAACCAGAAAACCGAUGCCAAUCCGGUUAUUCCUUCGGUUAAGGAACCAGAACGCCUCGAGAAGAAACCUGAAACGGUCAAGAAUCCCGAACAGGAGGAGGAAUCAGACUCAGAAAGCGAUGAUGAGGAGACAAAGGAAAAAGGAGGAGAAGGUAUUCAACCCCAUAGCGACGAUGAACCAAAGAUUGUAGCCCAAACCAAGAAACAAGAAGAAGAAGAA